CUUCAUGAGGUAGUUUCCAACACUCGUUGUGCCGUCAUUCCUCGCACUUUACACUCCAUCCAAUAUGAACGCGUACUGCUGUCAGCACCUUGCGGGUCCUCAGCGGCUUUCACCAACCCUUACUGCACGAUUGGCCACAGCAUUCCCCGCCGGGUGACAAUCAUCACAGGUGCGUCACACUUGUCACGCAAUCUUGCCCGAUGCGCAGCGCUGGUGACGCGUGAUCGCGUACCUCUUCAGUCCCGAGAGGACCCGGGAGACCGCUUUGAUCAUGCCUCCCAGCGUGCCGCUCAGCUACUUAUUGAAGUUAGUCCUCCCCAGGCUCGUCUCGUCCGUCCACUUGUGCCGGGAGAGCGCAACCAGAGAAUGGUCAGUACAUAAUGUCUUGUGUAGCAUACUCACAACCUCAUGUGAAACUGCAGUUCGUGAACGACCAGAAGUUUGCAUGUGAAUCGUGCAUCAAGGGCCAUCGCUCCUCGUCGUGCCAGCAUACCGACCGACCUCUCUUCGAGAUCAAGAAGAAGGGCCGACCAGUCUCCCAAUGUGGGAAAUGUCGGGAGCUACGGAAGACGAAGCGAAUGCACAACAAAUGCAACUGCGCCUCUGGGUCACUGGCGGAAACCCCCGCUCAAAUUCCCCAGGUUGCUGCCUCUUCAUCGAGCAAGUCGCGUCGAUUCAAGCCCAUCGCUCCUGCACUACCCAACGGUCUCAAGAGCCUACCAUCUGAGCUAUCACAGAGUGCGUCGAUUGCCGGAUCCAGCUUCAAUGCAAGCACUUCGAGCUCGUGUGGUUGCGGUGCCCCGGGCUGUCGCUGCCUUCAGGCGGCUAUGCAUCCGUCUGGCGCUGACACAUCGCCUCACCUAGGCCAGCGUUCCGCGAACGGACUGACCGCUCUAGCCGCCGCCGCCGCCAUCUGCUGGACCCACGAACACCCGGUCGUCAACAACGAAACCGGCUCUGCUCAAAUGACGGCGAUUUCUAGUGAUAAUGCUCCUAGACAUGGACAACCAGAGCACUGCGGCACUUUCGCUUCUGACCAACCGCCAAAUUACCUCCCCCAUCGUCCCUCACCCGAACAUUACCCACCACAGCGUAAAAGGCGCAGAUCCGGGUGUGCCGAGGCUGCGUCAACAAGAUCGGCGCACCUACAUACGUUCGACGAACGAGACCUGCAGCUGCCUCCCAUCCGCUAUCCUGGCAUGUCCCACAGCGAAUCUACAUCUCUCCCCGUCUUUCCGCCUAUCCCGCCUCUCAGCGAGAUAGCUUCGUUAGCCGGGUCCGGAUGCUGCUGCGGCGUCGAGUGCACGUGUCCGGGGUGCGUCCAGCAUCGCGGUCCUGUGCACGCAUCUGAGGACUUUCCUGACUGCGAGGACGGGUGUGGGACAUGCGUGGACAACGAGAGCGGGGUCGGGCUACCAUCCCCGGGCGCGGGCUCAUCUUCAUCAAGCGCCAAGCUAGGUCCCGGUACGCAACCGAACUUCAUCGACGCGUUCUUCGCGCGCGCGGCGUCGCUCCCGCUCCCGCCUGCGACGCGUAUGGCGGGCCUGGACGCGAUGAACGUGACAGUAUACCCUUCGACGCUGUUCAGUGGGGGCGUGAGGGAGCGCGAGGAGCGAAGAGCGGCGUUUGGCCUCGUCUCGAUCCCUCCCCUGGAGUGCGGGUGUGCUGGAGGGUGUGGCUGCCCUGCUGGGCGGUGUGGGUGCGGUGAUGGCUGUGCUGGGUGCUGCUGACACGGUCAACAGCGAUGCUUGCGACUCCUCCUCACCUGUAUUAUCGGUUUGCUCAGCGACGACCGUCUUCUCUAUUUCCUUGGGCACAUGACAAGAUCUCUAGCUCUCGGAGAGCCGUGUGUAUUACUAGCGUCUCCCUGUGCACUGUUCUAGCUCUGUCGACGAUGUUGUGCUUGUAUACUCUGUCACUUGCAGUCACUGGAUGCCCGUUUGUUCGACUUUGCACCGGGAACUUGGUUGUGAUUGUGCUAUAGCUGCCCUA